CCUUCCCCCCAAACGCACACACACACACUCAGCCGGUCCUGCUGCGGGACUGUGGCCCUGGUUCUGGCUCCAGAUUGCGCGCGUCACUGUCGCCCGAGCAGAGCCGCGUCCGGAGGAACCGUCCGAACCGGACUGUGGGUUGAAGAGGAGGAGGAAAGUGAUUUCAAACUUUAUCCGGAGGCCUUGAUUCGGAUGCUGUGGAGCCGGAGCUGACUCCCUGGAGCGCGCUGCGCUGCGCCAACCUGUGCGCACUUGCCCGCAGACAGGAGAGGGGGAGUGGAGUGUGAGGAGGAGGCACACCUUUACCUUUCCUGGUUCUCCCCCACCCUCUCUCUCUCUCUCUCUCACUCUCCCUCCCUCCUCCUUCUCUCUCCCUCUCCCUGGAAGCGGAGGAAUAAUCGAUCUGACAUGUCGGCCAACGACAGAGCCACCCGAGCGCUGCGGGAGAUCCAGCACAACCCUGGAAAUGACGCCUGCGCGGACUGUGGCGCGCCAGAUCCUGGGUGGGGCUCCUGCUCUGUGGGCGUGUUCAUCUGUCUGGCCUGCUCCGGGAUCCACCGCAACAUCCCCGACAUCAGCAAAGUCAAGUCCCUGAGCCUGUCGCACUGGGAGGACCACGAGAUGCAGUUUAUGGCUGAGAAUGGUAAUGAGCUGAUGAAGAGUAAAUACGAGGCUGCUGUUCCCGUCUACUACUACAAACCAACGCACAAAGACUGUCAGGUGUUGCGGGAGCAGUGGAUAAGAGCAAAGUACGAGAGGAAAGAGUUUCUUGAGCCGGGAAAGAAUUUCACUUAUGAGGAAGGAACUAGAGACGGCCUGUUGAUGAAGAGGGGGCGGGACAACGGGCAGUUCCUCAGCAGGCGAUUCGUCCUCUCAGAGCGGGAGGGGACUCUGAAGUAUUUAACUAAAUAUGACGCUAAGGAGCCCAAAGCCGUGAUCAAGGUGGACAGCAUCAACGCCAUCUUCCAGCCAGAGAAGAUCGGAAACCCCAACGGCCUCCAGAUCACGUACCUGAAAGACUACAGCACCCGCAACAUGUUCGUCUACCACGAAAACGGCAAGGAGAUCGUUGACUGGUACAAUUCGAUUCGUGCAGUUCAGCUUCACUACCUGAAGGUGGCCUUUCCUGGGGCGACAGACGCUGAGCUCGUUCCCAAGCUCACCCGCAACUUCCUGAAGGAGGGAUACAUGGAGAAAACAGGACCCAGGCAAACAGAAGGUUUCAAGAAGCGCUGGUUCACCCUGGACCACAGACGGCUCAUGUACUUCAAAGAUCCACUGGACGCCUUUGCCAAAGGCGAGGUCUUCCUGGGGAACAGGGACCACGGUUACAACGUCUCCACCGGCAUGCCCGCUGGCACCCACUGCAACGGCGCCUGGCAACACGGCAUCACCAUACAGACGCCCGACCGCUACUUCCUGUUCACCUGCGAGAUGGAGAGCGACCAGCUGGAGUGGGUGAAGCUCUUCAAUGACGUCAUGAGCGUGCCGAUGUCCCCUCAGGAGUACACAAUGGAGGCCAUGUUCAAACACAGGCCCUGAUGGAGCAGAGGCCUGCGGGACGUCUCCUCCCAGUCCUUCACCGAUCUGACGCUGGACCCACAUCAGCUCUGGCUCCCUCUGUAGUUUUGGGGGGAAACUUGAGUGUCGUCACCUGCAUGGUCACACUGGUGGUUGCUGCUGGUAAUAUGAGGUUAAGGAUGCAAACAAGGACCAAGGCAGCAUUCAUUGGUGGAAUUAAGAAAUAUAAAGAAAUAUUAAUAAUGAUAAUCAUUUUAUUUAGUUGCAAAAGAUCACUUUCCAGUCAGGGCAGAAGUAACACAAAUAACAUCUUGGAGUUUAUGUAUCUGAUGUUUGGAUUAUUAGACGUCACUCAUGCAAACCAACUAUGUGAACUAUGUGGAUUUCAUUUUUAUCAUGUUAAAUAUAUUUUAGUGUUUAGAUUUAAGAUUUAAGAAAAAGUUGUAGUUAAGGUGAGAAGAGCCUUGAUGCCUUCGUGAAAUUCUUUUUAUACAGAUGUGAAAUGAUGAAAUGUUUCGCACCAUAGACUGCGAAUAAAGAUGGACGACACGACGACUCCCCAAAAGUGAAGCCAUUUGAUCUUGAUCGCCCCCUGGCGGCCGGCUGCAGUAUAGGACACAAACCCCACCUCCUCCAUGUUAGCAGAUGGGACAUGGGCCAAACUAAAAAGUCAAAGUACAUGUGAAAUAUAUUACAUGUGAUAUAUAAAGAUAGUUUCUGCCAUCUUUGAUCGAAUCAACAGCUGCGACUGAUGCUCUUGUGCUCAAUGGCAGCGUUUGAACCCGGGAUAUUUUGGCUUCAUUUCUCGACACUGGGAGGAGGUGGAGAUGUGUCCUCCAUCUUUAUUUACAGUCUUUGAUUUAAUAAGUUACACGGAGUCAAAUUGAGUCUGUGGUGGAUUCAGAUUUUUUUUUUUUAUUUCUCUUUUUUAAAUAAACAUUUAACACAAACACUGUUUCAAUCCAUAAAGUCAAAACUGGAUUGUUGUGAUCCAAACUGGACCUUCUGACACACUACAGUAAAGUUUACAUCGUGACCUUUAUGUUUCUGUGUUUUCCAUCUUGAUUCUGAUUUAUUUAACCUGUUAAAGACGCAUCACCUUUAAUCAGAUGUGUGGGAUAAGCUUCAAAGCCAGUAGAUGGUGUAACAGCGCCUCCAUGUGGCAGACUUUAUGAAAACAAACUAGUUAGUUAUUUUACUUUGUUUUUAUAGAUAUCAAACAACCAGUUGUGACGCCUCGUUGGUUUUGUUCUUUUUUUAUUUUCUUACUCACAUUUUGUGAUUUGGUGCCACAUUACUUUAAAGGCAUUUCUGUGCUUGGCCAAUGGCCGACUCACAUCACACGUGAAAUUAUUGAGCAUGAAUAAAAAAAAGAUUUUUACAUUCA